AUGGCUCGCUAUCUUACGCCCGCGAAAAUCGGCCUUCUGGCCCUUGUGGAGCUGUACACGGAAGAGGCUGUCCCAAGUGAUGCCGUGCUCCCAGUUCUUUCCUUCAUCACAUCACACCUUUUGGAUCAUGACUCUACAGACCCAUUGUCAUCACAGGAGGCACGGUGGGCGAAAGCAGAGCGCACCGUGAGCUUGGUCAUCACCAUAAAGGACUUCGAGAAGGUCCUUGGCAGCUAUCCUUUCUUGAUGGGGAUGCCUGGUCGGAAGCUCUGGGACCAGUUCCUCGCGAAGCUUUGGGAAAUCAAUUCCCUGGACGGCUUGAAUGAGUUUUUUGAAAGAAUCAAAGAAAUGCUGGUCAGGGCAAAGGGCGAGCGCCGCAAGGAUGACGAUGGUGACCCGGAACAGGUGGAUAAGAGAAUCAGAUUGUCACGCAACUCGCCAUUUGGAGCAUUUAUUCGCAGAUCGCGCUUGGAGUAUCAAAAACUGCGAUUUCAUGAUUGUACGGAACUUUGGAAAGCAUUUGUGCGAUACCGCCAGCCCACUGCCCACUACUUGAGGAGGAAGAACCCCAGCUUUGGCCGUCUGAGUUUCGAUAAUAUCCUUUUGCUAGGGGAACAAGGGGACUGGGAUCCUGCAAGUGUGUCUGCCUUGGCAGCAGUUGCAUAUGGUGACAUGCUCACAGGGGAUGAGAGUAGCACCAUCCCCGUGAGCACCGACGAUGUCGAAUCGCUGCUCGAGUUCCAGAUUGAACAGAUGCAAAAAUAUGGAAACAGGAUCCCCUUGGAAAUACGACACCAGUUUCAUGAUCUUCUGCACGACAGCUUUCUCGUGCCGAGUCUUACACACUAUUUGAGCUUCCUUGACGCGUGGAAGUCUGGGGACUAUCCCACAGCAUUUGACUUUCUGCAUAGAUAUUUCGACUAUACUAUGCAAUAUCGAGACAGACUGUUUUACCAGUAUGCUCUUAUGAACUUGGCUGUAUUGCAAGCAGAAUUCGGGUGCCAUCAGGAAGCCAUCGCAGCCAUGCUAGAGGCUGUUUCUACAGCACGAGAAAAUCGAGAUAUGACAUGUCUCAAUUUUGCCUUGAAUUGGCUCUUUCAUUUUGGUCGGGCACAUCCCAACCUGGUUCGCGAUUUAGAGUCAAACAGCCUUUUGGGUACUGGCAAGGAAAGCCUGGCGUUCUUAAGGGUAAAGGCUAAAGAGUCUGGCAUGUGGUCUCUUUGGAGUUCCGUGCUCCUGAGCGAGGCAAAACUGGGCCUCAUUAAUGGAGACAGUGUUGCAACGUCUCUAGAGUACAUGGUUCGAAGUUCACAAGUCAUCGUUGAGAGGAACAUGAAGACCAUGUUUGGCUCCCAACUGUCAUUGUACUCUGCGUUAUGGAAUCGACUGGGUCUGACACAAUUGUCCACCCUGACGUCGGAAAUUUUCCUCAUGUGUCACGCAAGGCACGCAGUAUUUGAUGAUGAACUUAAACAUACUUGCCGCAUAGCACUGACGUUAUCCGAUCGUGGUCGAUAUGACGAGGGUCUUCAGUACUUGGAGAAGCUUGACGAGAACUCGCUGCGCUCGUGGAAAUCCAGCCAAUACUGGUACAAGUACAGAGCAAUCAUAAAGCUGAGAAAAGACUUGCGCCAUAACAAUUUAGAUGGUGCCGAAGAGCUGCUCCGCCAGCUCUUGCAGUCAAAUUCGGAUGACCUUGAGCCUGACAUGGCCUUUAUUAUCGACUCGCUACACAUUGACUGCUUAAUCCGCCGAGGCGAUUUACAGAAAGCUUUUCAGAAGGUGGAGGGCUUGAUGUGCAAGCUGCGAGACGAGAACAAAGACAUUGCUCUACGUGUGAAGCUUCUUCUCAUGAAGGUCGCUUUGUUAGACAAAUGCGGUCGCCCUCAAAGAGCCUUUUCAACAGCAGUCCGUGCCACAAACAUAGCAUGGCGUGCACGGCUGAUUCCUUGCCUCUGGCAAGCCAUCGGCGCCUUGUCCAAUAUCCUCGUAUCUUUGGGCGAGUUCGAAGCAGCUAUACAGCUCCUUGUUGCAGUUUUACCUCGGGCUUUGGAGUGCGAAUCAUCGUCUCUCUCAGCUCAGCUUUACUCAUUUCUUGCAGACGCAAAUAUGGGCAUGGCGGGAAAUAUGCCCGCAAAGUCGAGCAAGCGAACCGAACACAUGACUAGAGCAUUAUCGGCCGUGCAAAAGGCGUUUGAUCACUACUCGGCAAUCGAGGACAUCAAAGGCCAAUGCGAAAUGAUGGCCAAGAAGGCAAUGAUUAUGAAGUUGACGGGGGAAGUGGCAUUGGCUGCAGACUAUGCAGCGGCCUACGUGGAGCUGCAGAGGACAGCAGAGUCAUUGAGGCUUGGACGGUGA